AUGUCGCAAGGUGGCCCCCUCAUCCAUAUAGGUUGGAGGCGAUCAAAUCUCAUUUUGCUCAGGGCUUCUUUGAUUCUGGACCAAGGCGACACUCGCACGACUCACCAUGGAGACUGUCUCAGACUGUGUAUUGACAACGCGAGAAAAGUGUCCACAGACGCUGAAGACCGGGUGCAGAGAGAGCGGCGACAGAAGAAUGACGGUACACUCGUCAUUCGUGGAAAGAAGGUUCCGUCGCGAAAUGUAGGCGGCGUUGGUUUUGUUGUGCACCCAUCUGUCGUCCAUCUUGCCGAUUCUCACGAGAUCCUAUCACCUCGCCUGGCCAUUGUUCGCCUGCGCCCCCUGCGCCAAAAAUCCGUCAGUAUCAUCAACUGCUACUCGCCAUCAUCAGCAGCUGAUGAAUCCGAAUUGGACACGUUUUACGAGGAGCUGGAGGAAAUGAUCCGCAACGAGAAGUCCUAUUAA